AUGCUUUAUCAACCAGUACAACUCCUUCUCCGUCCAAGGGCCCAACAAUACGUCUUACAUGUCAAUGGAAAGAUGACUCUCGGCGAAAACUUGGCUGACAAUGGUGGUGUCCAUGCUGCUCUUACUGCCAUGCGCAAAUCUUUGCAACAGAAUCCCGAUCAAAACAUGAUCCUUCCUCAACUGGAUCACUUGUCUCCCGAACAGUUGUUCUUUAUCAACUUUGGUCGUGUCUGGUGUUCUAAUAUGCGUCCUGAAAUGGCUGUCCAAAGAAUCCGUGGUGAUGUCCACUCGCCUGCUAAAGUCAGAGUCAAUGCUGCUGUUCAGAACAGCCCUGAUUUCGCUGAAGCUUUCAAGUGUGUCAAUAAGGAACAAGGCAUGAAUCCUGCCAACAAGUGCUCCAUCUGGUAG